AUGGCUUUGUCCAUUGCUGUUAUCCCGGACUGCCCAACCAUCGACAUCUGCGGCGAGCUAGCAACAACAUCGGCGUACUCGCUCUCUGGCCAUGUUUCUGUCUCCCUGCAGUCCUCUUUCUCGCUCUUCGAUCGUCGUCGAACUGCGCGCCUCCUUCUCCAGUCGCUCGUGAUUACUUUCGAAGGACAGUCCGAGCUGGUAACCCCUGAGACUGGUUAUUCUGCAGUCCGCCUCUGCUCGUUACAGCAGGAGCUCGUCCGAGACGAACCUGUCGAGCUCAACAAUGAGGGCUUUGAAGACUCUACCCAACCUUGUGCUUGGAAUGUCGUAUUCAAUCUUCGCCUUCCUGGAUGGCUGCCCGCUUCCGACGUGUUUGGCGACCGCCAGAUGGCCCCAGCAGGCACGCGGUACGCUCUUUACGCCAUAGCAAAGUAUCAACAUAUACAAGAGCCUUCACAAACAUCUCCGUGGAUAUCGACUCUCUGCGCUCCCAUCAUGCAGCGAACGAGAAUCGCGAAAGCGCCGAAGUGCAACAUCCUUCUGAAUCGGUUCACUAUCCCACCACUCGUGCCCCACUCAGAGCAGUCAAUCUAUCCUCUCGGUGGCUACAUCGUCUCCACACUAUCUCAGAAAUCAUCCGAGUCUGGUCCUUCCAUUCCGAGCGACAUUUUGUCUAAAAUACAGAUUUUGGCUUCGAUACCUGAGCACAUCGGAACCGAGCAGGAUUGCGCCAAAUUGACCUUGCGUCUCCGCGCGCCACUACUUUCGGAUGAAGAGACUGAAAAAAUCAACUUAUCAACUUUCACAGUUGAUAUUGACCAGCGGGAGGUGUACCACAUGUCUUUGCCAUCGUAUUACAACCGCUUGCCUAUCCCAAAUGAGGAGCACCAGCCUCCACGUAAGGCUCUUCUGGACCCACACCCCAUGAGCGGGUUAUCGGAAGUGGGCCUCCUCGUUACGCCUCAGGUUUGCCAUUCAUCCGUAGCGCGAAACUUUUCAUUGCUUGCUGGUGGAUCAACGCAGUUUGAGAUCUCUACGGCGAACAACGGGCGGAUGUUCUCACGCAGAGUUCUCCCAGACCCUAACGCUUGGUAUACCAUGCAGAUGAAAUUGCCUUUGGUCCAGGAUUCUGAUCACCCAACAUCAGAGUCUAGAUGGGCUGGCCCGUGCCAUCUGCGACCGUCUUCGCGCGGACCGUUCCUCACUGUGAAACACAGUCUAAAAGUCACCAUGCAAUGCCAAUUUGACACUGGCGACGGACACAUAGAUAACCUCUUGGAGUUCUCCAUACCGCUCGACUUUGUCCGUGAACGCCUCCCUUUGUCUCAGCAAAUGAUUUCCCAAUCUCAAAGUCUGACUGAUGUCCCCUCUUCUUCCACGCCAUCCCCCACAAUGCCAACGUCAUCACUAUACGGCGCACUCCCUGCAUAUUCCGAGUUAUAUCACUCGAACGGAGAUCGCAAGUACGACGAGUCGGUUUCCCUUCCCCUCUAUACUGCAAGCCCGUGA